AUGCCCAUAGACAUGAUUUCCCGACUGAGGAGACGUUUUGGAAGAGCGGAGAUGGAUGUGACAGAAACUCGAGAGAGGCAGAAAGUAGCUGGCCUUUCAUCUGAGAGUAAUGAAGGACGAAGGAGGUGGUCUUGGCGAAUGUGGAUGGCUGGCAGAUGGACAUCAAACCAUGCAACUGUCCUAAGCAGGAAAGAGGCCAAGAAGGAGGAAAAGAGACUGACCAAAGAGCUGGGGCUCAGUACCCAGGAGAGAAACGAGCUGAGAGACCGCUUGAUCUAUGUCACAGAGGGAUCCAUGAACAAGAGACCCUAUUACAGGCAAAAUCCACUGUAUGAAAAACUGAAGUUAAAGGAGAAGACGGUCAUGUCAUUUCUGAACAAAUUAGAGAUGGAGAACACUGAGUUCUGUGAGAACGUCCAGGAGCACAAGAAGGAAAUUAACUUCUAUAGAAACCUGCAAAGUCGGCUCCUGUUGCAGUCCUCUGUUGUAAAGAAGUCAUUGGUCAAAGUGAGGCAGGAUUGCAAGGAAGUACAGGCUUAUUCGUACCUUCUCCAACAGUACUUGACUGAGUUGAACCUGAAU